UUUAUCUAUCUCUUGCAGCUACCCGGGAGCUCUGCUGCUGCACAACCCAUCCUGCCUGCAGAGCCAUGGCAGAGUCGGCCGGGUCGACGGCUCGGGCCUCGCCCGGUUCAGGUAAAGCACGCAAAGCCAAGGCUGCACAGAUCUCAGGACCCAGGCAGGGCAGCUGGAUGGGCAAACUCCUGGGUUUCGAGGCGGCUGAUUUGUGCAGCUGGGAGAGGCUGGUGAGCCUGCUGAAUCGACCCACAGAUCCUGCAGGCCUGGGUGUCUUCCGUUUUCUCUUUGGGCUGCUGAUGGUGCUGGACAUCCCCCAGGAGCGCGGCCUCAGCUCCCUUGAUCGGAGGUACCUGGACGGACUGGAUGUAUGCCGCUUUCCUCUGCUGAAUGCCCUGAAACCACUGCCGCUUGACUGGAUGUAUCUUGUCUAUACCAUAAUGUUCCUAGGGGCUCUAGGUGUGAUGCUGGGCCUGUGCUACCGGCUUAGCUGUGUGUUAUUCCUGCUGCCUUACUGGUACGUGUUUCUCCUGGACAAGACAUCAUGGAACAACCAUUCCUACCUGUAUGGGCUGUUGGCCUUCCAGCUGACCUUCCUGGAUGCAAACCGCUACUGGUCUCUGGAUGGGCUGCUGCAUUCCCGGAAGCGGAACAGCCACGUACCUCUUUGGAACUAUGCUGUGCUUCGUGGCCAGAUCUUCAUUGUGUACUUCAUUGCUGGAGUGAAAAAGCUGGAUGCAGACUGGGUGGAAGGCUACUCUAUGGAGUAUUUGUCCCGACACUGGCUCUUCAGUCCCUUCAAAUUGAUCCUUUCUGAGGAGAUGACGAGUCUCAUUGUGGUGCACUGGUGCGGGCUGAUGCUGGACCUCUCGGCCGGCUUCCUGCUCUUCUUCGAUGCCUCAAGAUCUGCUGGCCUCUUCUUCGUAUCCUACUUUCACUGCAUGAAUUCUCAGCUUUUCAGCAUAGGUAUGUUCUCCUAUGUCAUGCUGGCCAGCAGUCCUCUCUUCUGCUCUCCUGAGUGGCCUCGGAAGCUGGUGUCCCACUGUCCCCAAAUUUUGCAGCAGCUGUUGCCGCUCCAGGCCUCUCCUCAGCCCAGUGUUUCCUGCGUGUAUAAGAGGAGGCCAACCAGAGGCGGCCAGAAACCAGGGCUGCGCCAUCAACUGGGUGCCGCCUUUACGCUGCUCUACCUCCUGGAGCAGCUCUUCAUGCCGUACUCCCAUUUCCUCACCCAGGGCUACAAUAACUGGACCAAUGGGCUGUACGGUUAUUCCUGGGACAUGAUGGUGCAUUCCCGUUCCCACCAGCAUGUCAAGAUCACCUACCGCGACGGCCAAACGGGCGAGCUGGGCUAUCUCAACCCAGGGGUAUUUACACAGAGCCGGCGAUGGAAGGAUCAUGCAGACAUGCUGAAGCAGUAUGCCACUUGCCUGAGCCACCUGCUUCCCAAGUACAAUGUCACUGAGCCCCAAAUCUACUUUGAUAUCUGGGUGUCCAUCAAUGAUCGCUUCCAGCAGAGGAUAUUUGACCCUCGUGUGGACAUUGUGCAGGCCGCUUGGUCCCCCUUCCAGCGGACUCCUUGGCUUCAGCCUCUGUUGAUGGACCUGUCUCCCUGGAGGACCAAGUUACAGGAAAUCAAGAGCAGCCUGGACAACUUCACCGAGGUGGUGUUCAUUGCAGACUUCCCAGGGUUGCACCUGGAAAACUUUGUGAGCGAGGACCUGGGCAACACUAGCAUCCAGCUGCUGCAGGGGGAGGUGACUGUGGAACUGGUGGCAGAGCAGAAGAAUCAUACUCUCUUGGAAGGAGACAAAAUGCAGUUGCCCUCUGGUGAAUACCAUAAAGUGUAUACAACAUCAGCCACUCCUUCCUGCUACAUGUACAUCUAUGUCAACACUACAGAGGUUGCACUGGAGAAGGACUUGGCAUAUCUGCAGGAAUUGAAGGAGAAGGUUGAGAAUGGAAGUGAAACAGGGCCUCUCCCUCCAGAGCUGCAGCCUCUGCUGGAAGGGGAAGUCAAAGGCGGCCCUGAGCCAACACCUUUGGUUCAGACAUUUCUUAGACGUCAGCGCAGGCGCCAGGAGCUUGAACGUCGGCGGAACACCCCCUUCCAUGAGCGGCUCUUCCGCUUCUUCCUGCGGAAGCUUUAUAUCUUCCGUCGCAGCUUCCUGAUGACUUGUAUCUCACUUCGAAAUCUGGCAGUAGGCCGCCCUUCCCUGGAGCAGCUGGCCCAAGAGGUGACUUAUGCAAACUUGAGGCCUUUUGAGCCGGUUGGAGAAUCAAGCCCUUCAAACACAGAUUCUUCAGAUCCUAAUCCUCCUGAGCCAAAUUCAGACCAUGUUCACUCAGAGUUCUGAAAGCGUGGGGCCAACAUUGGUUACAGAUUGGAGCAGUCACAAGACCAUUUUAUAUAUACAGUAGAAAUUUGAAAGAAAAA